AUGGAAGAGGAGGCUGACUGUCAAGAGUACACGGGAGCUCCAUAUUAUGCAGGAAUCUCACCUCUCAAAGUGAGUGCAGAUUUGAUCCGUGUGUUCUGUGCCAGGGAGGCUGAGCCUGCGAUCAAGUCCUAUAGCCCCAAGCUGAUUGUUCUGUUCCUUGACAGUUCUGAUGCUAUCCAGGAGGUGGAGAAACGGCUUUCCAGGCUGCACGCCUUUGUCCUGGGGCCUGGCCUAGGUAGAGAUGACUUCCUCCUCAACAAUGUCAGGGGCAUUUUGGAAGCAACUAACGCCAAGGACAUCCCCAUCAUCACUGACACGGAUGGCCUGUGGCUGAUUGCACAGCAGCCACCCUUUAUUCAUGGCUACCAGAAGGCCGUUUUCACUCCCAACCUUGUGGAGUUUGGCAGACUCUGGGAAGCUGUGCCCACAGGUUCUGUGGAUGCCAAAGACCACAGUGGAUCUGUGUUGAAGCUCAGCCAGGUCCUGGGGAACAUCACAGUGGUCCAGAAAGGAGAGCAUGACCUGAUCUCUGACAGCCAGCAGGUGCUUGUGUGUAGCCAGGAAGGCAGCAGCUGCAGGUGUGGUGGCCAAGGAGACCUCCUGUCAAGCUCCCUGGGUGUCACGGCAUACCGGGCCCUCCUCGCCAGACAGGAAAACACAAAUGGCUCCAACCCGCUCUUGGUGGCUGCACAAGGGAGUGCAACUACCAGGACUUCCAGACAUAUGAUCGCUCCAGGACCACCACAGACAUGA